AUGAGUCAUCAAAAGCGUGAAGCCAGUUCUAGCAAUGAAGAUUGGGCAUCAAAACGCCCAAAAGGUGCUGCCACUUCUACUGAAAAUGAUUGUCAAGUAGAGACUGCUAGUUCUCAAGAAACGAAUGGUGAAAAGAGAGACACCUCUCAAAAGGGAAGCAACUUGCCGCUAGACCCAUGCAUCUCGGAUGAGAAAUCCGCAACCAUCUCGGAAGUUCCAAGUCAGCAAGAGAUGAUACUAACUAGUGUUGAAGCCGAUGCUGCAGAAGACAAGGGCUGCAGGCAUACAAUGGAGGAUGCCUGGGUGGUGCUUCCUGAUGCUAGCAUGGGAUCUCCUGGAAAUUUGAGAUCUGCACAUUUUGCAAUAUAUGAUGGGCAUGGUGGCCGCUUGGCCGCGGAGUAUGCACAGAAGCACUUACACCCGCAUGUUAUUGCUGCAGGAUUACCACGUGAGUUGAUGAAUGUUAAAGUGGCAAAGAAGGCCAUUAUUGAAGGUUUCCGUAAAGCUGAUGAAUCACUACUGCAAGAAAGUGCUAAAGGAAACUGGCAAGACGGCGCAACAGCUGUAUGUGUUUGGGUCUUGGGACAGACGGUUGUAGUUGCGAAUGCUGGGGAUGCUAAAGCAGUAUUAGCUCGUUCUACUUCAACUGAUGGUGAAGGUGUGGUGGCUGACACCAAAAGUCCACUGAAAGCUAUUGUUUUGACAAGAGAACACAAAGCCAUCUUUCCACAAGAACGCUCGAGAAUCCAGAAGGUUCUUCUGUGGUCUCAUUUGCUCCUAAUGCUAAGACUACAAGGGCGCAUUGAAGUAUCUAGAGCUCUUGGAGAUCGUCACUUUAAGAAGGUGGGGUUGAUUGCAACACCAGAUGUCCAUUCUUUUGAACUCACAGUGAAGGACCAUUUCAUCAUUCUUGGAUGUGAUGGCUUGUGGGGAGUGUUUGGGCCAAGUGACGCUGUUGAAUUUGUCCAGAAGCAAUUGAAGGAGACGUCCUCAGCCACGCUCGCGGUGCGGCGCCUGGUGAAGGAGGCUGUCCGCGAGAGGCGGUGCAAGGAUAACUGCACUGCUGUUCUGAUCGUCUUCAAGCACUAG